AUGUGGGAUGAUAUAAUAGACUCCAGGAACUUGGCAAUAGCAAUAGUCCUCUCACUACAGAGUGCACUUGGAAUACUGGAAAACAUAUCUUUUCUUAUCUACUAUCUAUUCAUUUACUACAAUGAACACACCUUAAGGACUGUAGACUUAAUUCUUAUACAUGUCUUCACAGCCAACUCCUUGAUCAUUCUCUCUACAGGAGUGCCCCAGAUAAUGAGAACUUUUGGGCAGAAAUUGUUCUUCAAUGAUGUUGGAUGCAAACUUAUUUUAUAUGCUUUUAGACUUGGCAGGAGCAUGUCCAUCAGUACCACCUGCCUCUUGAGUGUCUUCCAGGCCAUCACUAUCAGCCCUAGUGAUGCCUAUUGUAAAGAUCUUAAAAUCAAAAUACCGAAAUAUGUUUGCCUAUCCAUUUUUAUCUUCUGGAUCCCCUAUAUGGUAGUAAAUAUGAUUUUCCCCAUAUAUAUGUCUGCCAAAACAAACAGCAAAAAUAAUACACAAAAGAGAGAUUCUGAAUUCUGCUUCUCUAUAGGUCAUGACAAAAUAGUACAUUCACUGUACACAGCAUUUUGGGCAUUCCCUGAAGUUGUAUUUUCUAUGCUCAUUGUAUGUUCCAGCAUCUUCAUGAUUGUCAUACUUUAUGGACACAAGAAAAGGGUUCAACACAUCCUCAGCACUCGUAUAUCCCCCAGAAUCUCCCCUGAAUCUAGAGCUACACAGACCAUCCUUGUCUUGGUUUGCACCUUUCUAGCUUUUAAUACCCUCUCCUCCAUUUUACAAGGUUACAUUGUUCUUUCUCAUAAUGCCAGUUGGUGGCUAAUGAAUAUCACAGUCAUCAUUUCUAUUUCUUUUCCUACUUUAAGCCCCUUUGUGAUAAGUCAUAGUUCCAUUAUUUCCAGAUUUUGGUUUUUCUGGAUAAGGAGUAUAAAAAUGAAAUAA